AUGGAAGUGCGGUUGACUGGAAGCGCGAAGUCGUUCGCCUUGAUGGUACAGCAACGGUUUCCCAAAAGAGUAGCUUGGCAGGGCAGUGGAGCUAAUCAGUGGCAGCAGGUGCGGAUGGAUCAGUUCCUGGCGCUCUAUCCGAAAUGCGUGCAGACUUCACUGCGUCUAUCAGCCCCACCAUUGAUUUGGAGCUUUCCAGAAUGUGCAUCCAUGCUAACUGCUCCUCUCGUACUCAACAUUAUCCACACAUUUAUCGUAUUUGUUCGCACCAGUUGUUUGUUCGUUGCGCGCGUACAGCUCUCUCGGAUUUUGACUUGCUCAUUUGAUCGUGCCGCUCCAGUCGUCCCAAAUCGGCGAUCUGAUCGUGCCGCUCGGAUUUACCGCUCUUGA